ACUUUUAAUAUUUGCUUUUUUUUCCAAUUCGCACCAUUUCGUUCAAUUUGUUUUUCUUCACUUUUUAUUACUUUUACCAUACCUUGGUGCUUAUCACACACACUCUCUCAAUGAUGUCUGAGCUAGCUCCUCUGAAGAAGACUCCACCGAGUCAAAUAGGCAACAGCAAGACAGGCGGUACUAUCCAAACACCCUCAAAAAAUCAAAAAAAGGAGGAACUGCCACCCGGGGAAUCGGAACCCCCCGAAGUACGCGAUAAGCGCCGUCAGCGGCUGCUGAAAUGCCUUGGCGAUAACAUAGAACACAACUAUUUGUUCAAUGCCUUUGUUGAAUCUCUGGGUGUGAAGGAGCGGUAUGAACGGUUCAUCAAGGAUUGGCCUGAUCUCUUCCUCAGCAUAGCCAGAGGAUCGCCAGUGGCUGAUAGCAAAGGCAUCGUAGCCAAUACAGGUCGCUCGGAAGCCAGACUCAGGGGGUUGCCCUUUACUGACGUUUUCAUAUCUUACCCGAAGUUGAUGGGGUUGACUAAGGAAGCUCGUUUGGUCGAAUAUUUUAUCUUCCUCUUCGACGCAAUGGUCAAUGCAGUUCGUGUCGCAAAUAAAGAUAUUCCAGCAGGCGGAACUCCAAUCCCAGCGUGCAGGCUUAAUCUGGAUGAACAUCAGACUGAUGCUAUACCAGGCACACCGCACAAGCCAGAUAUCACGUUUUAUCACAACUACAUGACAUAUGACAUUCAAUCCGUCCAUGCUAUACUCGAGGCCAAGAUGGAUUCGAACCCCAAGAGAACCCCAGAGGAUACUCGUGGCCAGCUCGCAGAUUACGGCUAUUUGCUCAAUGAUCAGCAGGCAACCCGCACGUUUGCGCCUAUCUUCUACCUCCAUGGGCACCUCCUGACGCUUCACGCAUAUUAUCGUGACAAACUGUACAUCGUCGAGCUUGGCCAGCUAUGCUUUAAUACGGGUCGUUGGACACCUGAACUAGCUGGAAGAAUUCAGUCAUGCCUCAUGCGGCUUUGGUUCCUGCUGACUCUUGAGUCUGACAUUUUCGGGCAUUUCUGCGAUGUCUCAGAGGAAUCUGACUCUUUCUUUUUUUCGCAGAAAGUCAAUGUGGAGAGCAAGGGCGAUUCGAAGAUCGAAGUCUUAUACUCAGCUUCCAAGCAUGUCAAGGAUGUCAAGGAUGUCAAGGAUGGCGAGACAAUAGCACGUUAUUCAUACAUGAUUGGGCGCCAUGUCCAUUUAUUCAGGGGGACUUGCAAAGGUCGUGAUGCUGUGCUGAAGCUUUCCUGGACCCCAGUCAAUCGUUUGCCCGAGGGCGCUGCAUACGCCAUCCUCAACAAGAG